GGGGAGUCGAGCUGCGAGGUUUAACGUCACAUGAUAAAAAAUAUAUAUUUCUCCAGUUUCUCCGUUUUUUUGCGCAACAAAAUCGGACCUGCGGACAAGCCAGCUUUCUCGUGAAAUAACGAAGAAACUGCGUUUUAAAAUACUGUCCGUUUCUGGGGUGACCAUCCACGACUGUUUUUUCGCCCUAUCUUUAUCGUUUACAACAGAGCUAUGUCGAUUUUCGUAUAUCUUAUUAAAGCAUGUAAACAUAAUCCAUUGUUUAGACGACUUGGUGGGAUGUGAUACAAUUGAAUUAAAUAUCAUUGAUUUGAGCCAUUGUGGAAUAGACAUAUCUUAGAGAAGAAGGCGAGACUCUAGUACGAACAAGUUUCUUCAAAAAUCUUCAUAAUAUCCAGGCCUGACAUUCAACAUUUUCUUCUAGGCGGGUCUGUCUGCACGAAGGAGGCUUUUAAAGCCAUGCGUCUGGAUUUGCCCGUCUCGCCAUAUUCAAACGGACCGCAAGGGAAGGACGACGGACGGACGAGAGAUGAGGAAUGAGAUAAGCAUCUUUUUCACUCGGCGAGCAACCGCUGCAGCUCUCCCUCUCCCUCUUUCGCUCUAAAAAAAUACAGAGCUACAAGACGGACUAACGAGCGCCGAACACAUACAUGUCUGGUCCCGGCUCGCCUUAACGUGGCGUGAAUGCAGCCUGCCCGGAUAAUGCCGUUCCAGCUGGUCCCCUGAGGUGAUGAAAAGUGGGUAAUUCGAUGCGGGUGUGCGUCCGGGGAGCUGUCCGUGUGUCGCGGCGCUGAUGCGGCGCUGAGAGACGCCAGCAUGGCUGCCGGGAAGCUGCUUCUCUACGCCGGCCUCUCACUCUCGCUCUGCGCCCUGGGGAUGCUGGCGGUCGCGAUCUGCUCCGACCACUGGUACGAGACGGACGCCCGGAGGUACAAGGCGCGGUGCCGGAGCUUCAGCAGCCGCAGGAACGACCCGGGGUUCAUAUACAUCCCCAAUAACAGCCUCCCGCUGCGCGCCAGCAGGCCGAGGCUGGACCGCUGGGAGGAGAAGCUGCUGCUCGCGCGCAGCCGCCGGCAGCUGUUCGCCCUGAGCGCCGCGGACGAGUGCAGCAGGCACUAUAACUCCAGCAACAUGGGCCUGUGGAGCAAAUGCCACCGCCGCGGCUUCGACGACGACGUCGAGGACCUGAUUCGGAAAGGCUCCAUCAGUAGAUGCUCCUUCAUCAAGUACCACUACACCUCCGCAGCCAUUCCCAAGAGCCUGUCCUACAACAUCACCAAGACCAUCCAGCAGGAUGAGUGGCACUCUCUGCACCUCCGGCGGAUGACGGCGGGGUUCAUGGGCAUGGCCGUGGCCAUAAUCCUGUUCGGCUGGCUAAUCGGGGUGCUCGGCUGCUGCUGGGACCGGGGACUCAUGCAGUACGUAGCCGGCCUGCUCUUCCUCAUGGGAGGUACGUUCUGCAUCAUCUCCCUGUGCACGUGCGUGGCGGGGAUAAACUUCGAGCUGUCGCGCCAGCCGCGCUACCUGUACGGGCUGCCCGACGACAUCGGCCACGGCUACGGCUGGUCCAUGUUCUGCGCCUGGGGCGGCCUGGGGCUCACGCUGAUCGCCGGCUUCUUCUGCACGCUGGCCCCCUCCGUCCAGCCCCUGCCGCGCUCCGCCUGCCCCAAAACACGGCCUGAGAACGGCACGGUCUGCUAAGAGCGCCCGCUACAGGCGCCCGGCCCGGUGCGUUAGACCAGCGCGGGCGUCACACGGAGACGAAGAACACAAAUACACUACAGACGCAAACAUCUACCGACACUUUUCAGUCUUUAUAAAUAUUUCCCGACUACAGACAAUGCGAAUAUUUCUGUGUGUUUAAGAGAAAAAAAAAAAAGCAGCAAGCCUUUUAAUUUUAUUUCGUUCCUUCAGCAGGAAUUUGAUUUAAGUGUGAUGUGCAAACUGACGAAAGAAAUGUGAGCUCAGUGUUUAAAUUCACCUGUCCAGGUAGCUCUGAGUCAGCGGACUUUGGGCAGCUUGACUGGGUGGGGGAAACGUCCUGCAGACGUCCCACCACGAGGCCCCGCCCCCCACUCAUCUGACACAUGAAGGAUGAUGAUGAUUGACAGGCCAAAGCUGGAGCACAUUGCUGAGGUCCAGCGCUGAAAGUGGGCGGAGACUAAGGGGACAGGGCACAGGGAUUGGCUGUGAAAGGUGCAGAAUGUUUGCAGACUGCUGUUGCCAUGGUAGCAUACUGCAGGGCCCACACAGGUCAGUUUGGGGCCCUGGUGGACUCCAGUAAAGGACUGCUUGGUGAUGGGACAUCCAGCAACGGGAUCUGAUGAGACAGCUGUCGUAGCUAACUGCAUAUGCCCAGGGUAUCUUCACCAUUGUACAGAUCUGUACAGAAUACUACGACCACCAAUCAAAACAUCAAACUUCCAUUUUGAGUGCUUUCAGUGGACAUCCCAUUCCUCUGCUCCCGUGUAGAAGCAGUGACUGAUUUCUGUAUUUAUAUUUAUCAUUUAGUUUUGUUGUUUUUUUAAACGAAAAAAAAAUCACUGUCAUGGAGGUGACUGUGCACACGUGUGAGUGUGUGUGAGUGUGUGCGUGUGCGUGUGUGUGAGUGUGUGUGUGUGCGUGU